AUGGACCCUCCCGAGGAUAACGCUGCCAAAAGCACCAAAGGUCAAAAGAGACGAAGCUUGACAGUCGCUCUGCAAGACGGCAUACGUGCACUGGUUAUAGACCAAAUCGCGAUCAGCAACCUCGUCACACAGCCUUCUAGUGCCGCAAAUGAUAGCCCUUCAAUCGUCACAAGAAAAGUCCAUGACCGGAACUCCAUGAAUCAUCCACAAAACCUGGCCAAGGCUGCCAUAAAGCAACACCUUAAGACUUUGAGAGACUCUCGCAGCCUCCCUGUUGUCUGGGAUUUCUCCGAGUUCACUCCGGAUAACGCAGACGAGUGGUUCCCGCAGGUUCUUUACGGCAUCCAUCUUCCGGACCACCCCCAGCGGACCCCUUCUGAGCCCCGUCGUGUUGAGGUCUUCAUUGACCUGUGCUUCAAGAAGGGACGUCUGCCUUGUAUUCCUCUGAUCAAGCCUGAUAACAUUUCAGAGUGGCUGCAUCUUCUCAUUCUGCCCGUUGACAAUUUGAAAACGGAGCUGCCCCUUUCAGGUCAACAGAGAGAGGACGCAUUGAAGCAUUGGGAGGGCUUUGGCGUCACCAACAACAACGUGUACCAGCCACCUCCUGAGUUUAUUCAGCAACCUACAAAGACUGCACCUGUCAAGGUACUCAAAGGCUCAUCAAAGUCCCUCACUAUCUCGGCAGAUGGCAAGCCUCUUAUUACUCAAGCAGUUCCCGAUGCUCAGGAGUACCUAACCAAGGAACAACUGAGUCGAGUCAGUCGUCUUUCUUGUCCUGAAUCUAAACGUCCCACCUCGAGUCUUUCCAUUCGCACAGACAGCAGCGCUGUGACUGUUAUCAAAACCGAGAGUCAAGGACCUGAUAACACAGCCUCUAAGCAAGAUCAGAAGAAGGAUCUUAGAGACUCUAAGGGUAGAAAGCUAUCCACGAAUACCCUACCGCUGGACAAGCCGACUUUCUCCGCCAAGUCUGAUAAUAGGAAGCCCACAAUUACGAAGUCAUCUCUGAAAGAUAAAGUUGCCAAGAUGGUGACCACACGUGCAAAGAGCAACACUGAGGAGGGUGUUGACACCACUGGUGGUCGUGGACCGCGUCCCAACUACACCGCGCAUGAACAAUAUGACUUUCUUGGUGGAGAUGAGAUAAUUGUUCAGGAUGAGUCUCGUGAUGACGAUGAAUUUCAGGUUGGCUCUAACUUGCAAAAGGGCUCUUCCUCCAAGGAUAAUCAGUCUACUGCUUUGUCAUCUGCUGAGAACGAGCUCCUAACAUUCGACGACAUAAUCAAGGGAGAUGUCCCGUUGUCCUUGUCUACCCAACCUAUGGCAAAGAAUGUCUCCAAAAAGGGACCUUUCCAGUCGCUCAAGGCUGCUCGAGCAGAGGCAAAGAAGAACAGCGGGGCUAUGGGCCCUGAAGCAGAUGCUUCUCCAUUCUCUGCGGAUCAAGAAAUGACAGAGAGUCUCGCUGAAGCUGCCAACACCGCCAUAUAUGCCGCCGGUCAAAACAAGGCAAAGAGACGAUCCGGAAUACGUAAGGAUGAGAGAAAAUCCAAGAAUGAUACUGGAGCAUAUGCUGCUGAGUCGUCUACAGCUGGCCAGCCUGGGGCAAUGAAGUCCAAAGCACCGACAGCUGAACUGUCUGCGCCUGCCCAAGUACAGGCAAUUAUUCCCUCUGGGGAAGAGGAUACCCAGGGAAAGGCAAAUGUGUCUUCCGGAUUUAACAUUCCCCAAACUUAUUCACCUGCUAAAGCAAAUUUCAUUGGCCGUGGAGCAGAUACCACAAAUGGAAACGGACAGUUGCCUACGCCCUCUGGAGCUUAUAUCCCACAUUUGGCUACCCCAAUGCCGUCAGGAGCACGGGAUAUUUACGCUAUAAUGCACCAUCAUCGCCUUGGACCAUACUCAGUGGACCCCUUCAAUGGUCGCCUCCUGAAUCCGGCUGAAGUAGAAGAGAUAGAACCUGAGCCUUUGUAUGGACAUCAUCCGCCUUACCCCUUCGACGGUGCUCGACACAUCAUCAAUAACGAAGGUUUGGGUCCUACGAAUGGCCUCCAGCUUCCACUUCCCAUGUCAUCUCCCAGAGGCUCUUUUGCUCAGUACAGCCCUGCUAGCCAACAAGGAUUAAGCCGGCCAUCGAGUCAAGGAAGCACGUCGGUUCGACCUCAGAAGUUGAGAACCUCGGGACGUCCACAUUUUGCCCCUACAGCCCAUCCUGAGGACCUCUACAAUUCGCGUGGAGAUCUAGUUCACGAGACUCUGAUGCAAGAUGUUGAGUUUGCUGCUCACAGCAACGCGAUUCCCGGACACAACAACCAGCCCAGCUACAUUCCUACUGGAAUUGUGGGAUAUAUCGACCCUAGGGACAUCACUGAUUUCUCUCAGCUGAAUCCCUUGGACCCCAGGCUCCAUGGAUUCAACAACUCCAGUGCUGGAAAUGGAUCUGGAUCUGGACAGUGUAAUGACCCGACCAUAACGCAAGGCCCUGCCCAUCUCAAUGAAACUGGUUCACAUUUCGUCGACCAUAAUUCGAGUCUCAUGUCUCGUCACUACAAGAUGGAGCAACCCCCUCGGGUAGAUCUGGUCCAACAGCAAUUCCCUAACAUUGCUAGCCAGCCCGAUACGACCUCAGCGUCAUUGGGAAAUUCAUCCGAGAUUAACCGACAUUUCGGAGAACCCUGGAACAAGAACCGCGAUACCUUGACGCCGGUUACGGUCAAGUCCAAGCAUACUCGCACUUACUCUGGUCUUGUUGCCGAUUCUCGUCGUCGUAUUGCAACGGGUGAAUUACGAAGGCCUACUGAUAGCCCUACUCGCACCAGUGCCGGAAUUCCAAUUGAUCGGUCAACUCAAGCCAAUAUAUCCAACCAUUAUGGUGCAAAGGAGUCCGAGGAAUCAAUACUGGUCUUCGAUAACCAUGUUGAGAAGCUUAUCCCCGUUGGCCAACUCGCCCACUAUGGCGCUUUGAACUACCCCAGCCAUGGCGUUUCCCAGACCAACCUCAACAACCCCCCCGUUGGACCGUUCGCCCAAGGAUACCCGGGUAGUCAACAAGGCCUCGGAUAUAACCCCGGCUUCCUAGCUCCAAUGCAAUCUGAGCGAGGCUUCCAGACUCAAGAUGGCCAUCAGACAAUCUACUCGCGUCCUGAAUCCGAAUGUUCGCAGCCCCCUCCUAUCUAUGGCGGUCCAGUCCUCAGCAACGCCCCCGGUAGAGAAGGAUGGCACGUAGGAGGGGUCACAUUGGACGCCUCGACGCAUCCCGAUGCAGUUAUCCGGUUCGCCCAGAUUCCGAACCCCCCUCGCCCGGGCACCCGCGGCUUCACCCUAGACGACGUCGCCGGCGGUCCCAUGACUCGCUUUCAUCGUCCCCUUCCCAUCGGAAGCAACAGCAGCAACCUACCUCAUCCCCAGCCUAUGCCCUCCCCAACCUUAUCAGAAUCAUCAUCAGGCUCCGCCAUUUCCCUGGGGAAACACAUUGGCGUCCCGGACCUACCCGAGGUCCUUGAACCCCAACAACGCCUCCAGCCCUCGCGCUGGCAGCGCCCCGACGAUUUCGUCUCCAAGCCCAUCCACGACACCAACGGCGAGCCCAUUAACUUAGCCGCUAAGCACAAGGAUAUAUGGGCCAUGUGCACGGGCAAGACUAACUCGCCCAUCAAAGGCCUGCUGGGCGUGUCGCGCGAGCAGACUGUCCCGAUGCGUAGCCUUUGGCAGAUCUUCGCGGCCUGGAAGUGCGCCGAGGAGCAUGGCGUGCGUGAGUUGUGGAUGGUUGAUCGUCAAAGCAUCUUUGAGUUUGAUAUGGAGAGAGGGGAGGAGUGUGUUAGGAAAGUGGCUGGUUGGGAGGUAUUGCCUGUUGAUCAGAAGAAGAUGAAGAACACAGAUGUAAAGAAGGGCAAGGGCAAGGGCAAAGCGAAUGCCUCUUCUGCCAGCGAUGUCAACGGUAACGAUGAAGGCGAAGAUGAAGUUCGCUACGGAUGGCUUACUCCUAAGGGGAUGAAGUACGACAUCGCCGGAAAGAAGAUGAUCGACAUGGUUGAGGUACUAGAUAAGGAGUGGGAGGUCAUGAUUCGAGACAAGAAGAAUGGUAAGCCCUCCAAGAACAGAGCUGCGGCUGUCUCGGGCUCCGUUGAGGGGUCUGCGUCUGCUCCGGAUGCUCCGGCUGAGGGUUCUGCGACCGGCGCUCGAGUUCGCUCGGAGAAGGGAAAGGAGAAGGAGGUGUCUGGUGAGGGUGAUGAGAUGAUCUGCGAUUAG